AUGGCAUUCUCUAUAUACACGUCGGUAUCAAUUGUGGCUUUGCUACUCUUUGUAGCCUACAAAGCAAUUGUGUAUCCAGUCUUUCUAUCGCCGCUCUCAAAGGUACCGAAUGCACAUUGGUCAGCCCCGAUCUCACCUGCUUGGAUACUUUGGAAGCGUUUCAGAAGCCAGAACAAUCGAACUAUCCAGGCGGCUCAUGAAAGACUUGGGCCCAUUGUGCGAUUGGGGGGUAUCAAGACGGUUUACACCGGUGGCUUCGAGAAGCAUGAGUGGUAUCCCCGUGUCUUCGGAUCGUUUGGAACCGUCAGCAUGUUCACCAUGACUGGAAGCAAAGAUCACUCGGUUCGCAAGAGGAUGUUAUCCAACAUCUACAGCAAGUCGUUUCUCCAGUCGUCACCUCAUAUGCGUCUUAUCUCGAGGAUUAUAGUACAUGACCGUCUUCUCCCAAUUCUACACGAAGCAGCUACUUCAAACGCGACUGUCGACGUUCAUGACCUCAACCAGGGACUGACAAUGGACUUUGUAUCAGCAUAUCUGUACGGCGUCACAAAUGGCACCAAUUUCCUUCGGGACACGCCUUACAGACAAAGGAUGCUCCAUUUAUACCAGAGCAGGAAGCCAUUUGAGUUCUAUCACCAGGAAGUUCCUAACCUUCUUUCUUGGACAAAGUUUUUGGGUAUCCGCUUGAUACCAAGAUAUUGCGACCAGGCCAACGAGAUCCUUGACUCCUGGGGGCUAGGACUGUGCGACAAAGCAGACGCGUCACUGAAGUCGACCAGACUUGAGGAUGAGCCGGCCGUGUAUAAACACCUCAAGCAGAUGAUAUCGAAGCACCUGCCUGAAAAUAAAAAUGACGUGGAAUACGCGCGGAUCCUCGAGCAGCAGCGGCUUGAUAUUGCCUGUGAGAUGUACGACCACCUGACGGCGGGUCAUGAAACCAGCGCCGUCGCUCUUACAUAUCUCCUUUGGGAACUCUCGAAGCGACCCGAAUUACAGGACGCUCUUCGGGAGGAGCUUUCUGCUCUUGAGCCAAUGAUUAUCUUCCCUCGACCGUCCGAAUCUGCGGAGUUGCCUCCGGCAAAGUCAAUUGACUCCCUGCCGCUGCUUGAGGCAAUAGUCACGGAGACACUGCGCCUUCAUGCUCCGAUCCCAGGAAUCCAGCCUCGAGUCACGCCGUAUCCGUCGUGCACUCUGGUGGGAUAUAACAACAUCCCUCCCAAUACUAGGGUCAAUGCGCAAGCUUAUUCCCUUCACCGCAAUCCCGAGGUGUUCCCAGAUCCUGAGACUUGGGAACCUAAGCGGUGGCUGAAAGACGUCAAUACUCCUUCUGAGUUGGAGGAGAGAAGGCGAUGGAUGUGUGUAGGCAGUAACUUGGCCUUGCAAGAAAUGAAAUUAGUGGUAGCUGCUGUUUACACUAAUUUCAGAACUUCUAUCGUCUGUGACGAUAACAUGGAAGCGAUCGAUGCAUAUACGGUGAAGCCAACAGGAGAAAAGCUGAUCCUCAGAUUUGAACUAGUUGAGUAG